UUUCAUCACUAUUUAGACUCCAAACUUGCUAGCAGCUUCGCGGAGGGUGAAACAACAUUCCAGCUGGACGAGUUCUACACGGAAAUUGUGGAUGAUCCAGCAUUCAGCAAAGCUGUAAUGAAGAUUAUAGUCAAAGCCUUUACCACCGAGACCUCACGCUUGCGAAACAUUCUUAGAGUUACCGGCGGCGGCAGUGAGACGAAGAAUGAUGGCGAGCCUUCGUGUGAACAAUCGUUUGCAGUACCCCAAUCUGAGCCUACCGAAGGACACGACAGAGGAAAAUGUCUUGAAGUACCGCCCAAAGCACAUAAAACUGCAAAUAACUCAUCUUCAUCCGCUUCUGAUCGGAACCGUCCGUGUGGUGAGCCUGCGGUCGAGCUCCUUCCAGUUGACUGCGAAGAGGCCAACCCAGAAGUUCCCUACACUCACGAAGAUAGUGAUAAUUGGGAUUGGGGAUUUCGGGGAUUAGACAAGAAAAAGAAGAACAAGAAGAGGCCAUCUAAGCAGCAAGCUGAGUGUGACUGA